AUGCCUCUUCUAAUUUCUCGUGCACGACACGUCCUGCAACCCCUGAAACCUCUCGCCCUAUCUGUCGGAUUUAGUUUCGUCGUUCCAGUCAGAUUAUACUCCACACCGCAACCUGGUCACGCGAGCUGCACAAGGAGACUAAUUAGACAACCUAGUCCUGCAGCAUCGAGGGAGAGUCCGUAUCCAGUAGUAUUCUUGAGAGCUAAAGGAUUGGGGAUGGAAGAAGAGGGAGAAUGGGUAGAAUGGUCUUCUAUGUUCGCAGAAAAAGGAUAUACUUCAGUUGAAAUCGAUAUCAAUUCACCAUCUUCCCCUUCAACCACAACCUCAUUCUCUUCUCCCGAAGAAACCGUAUCACCUUUUAAACCGAUGAUUACAGUAUUAUCAUCCGAGAUCCGCUUAUUAUCAAUACCGUUCCCACCCAUAUUGAUAGCAUCUGGAUCAUCUACAUUAUUAGCUCAAGCUUAUAUAGAGGAUAAUCCAUCUUCCGGUUUGAUCCUCAUCAAUCCUUCACCGGAUGAAGAUCCUAGAGCGAAAGCGUCUGAUUGGAAAUGGCCAGUGUUCAAAUACGAACCACAUUUCCCCAUAUUGGUAUUGUCAGAUCAUGAGGGAUUGAACAAGCUGAGUGUGACGAAUAGAUUGGUGAGAGAAAGUGGACAAGAACCGUCUACAGGAAAAGGUUGGUUUAGAAGGCAAAAAGGUGUCGAAAUGGGUGUAGUGGAUGAUUUGAGUGGAGGUUUGAAUGAACGAGGUAGAAUCGAAGUGGAAAGAUGGAUGGAUAGACAAGGGUUCUAA